UCCAGUUGGACAGUGGGCGAAGCUACUACCAUGGCAAAGCUUCUCAUCUCCAACACUGCCUCUCUCACUCUCUCUCCUCCCUCCUCCUCCUCCUCCUCACGUGCCUUAUUCAAGCCUCCUCACGUGCCCCCUGUUCGGUUUCUCCUCGCCGGGAAACCCACCAGCAACCGCGGCGUCAGGGUGGUGACUACCCGAGCAGGCCCCACCACGCAGCAGUACCUUUUCGCUUUCUUCCUGCCGCUCUCCCUGGUCGCCUUCACCGUCUUCACCUCCAUCCGAAUCGCCGACAAGCUCGACCGCGACUACCUCGAAGAGGUAGCCAUUAACCAAGCUAUUAGGGAAACUGAUGAGGAUGAUGAAGAAGACGACAUGUCUCCGGAAGAAAAACCUGCCCUCCCACGAACUCGUAAUCGUCCCAAAAGGGAAGUCUAGAUUUUCCUGUCAUCUAUAGAUUAGCCUGUGGCGCGUUCGUUGUGAUGUUAUGAUUGCAAAAUGGGAAUAGAGGAACCUUGUAGACUUGUAGCUCGAUCUCCGGCCAGUUACCUUAUUUUGACAGUUUUGUAGAUUCGAAGUUGCAUGUAUUGUGUCUGUUGUUUGUAUGUAAAAAGGAGUAUGGAAAGAAAAUACAUCAAUCUUACAAUAUUUUCCUA